AUGAGGUCGUCGACCAUCACACUAGCCGUGACACUGGCUCUCUCAUCCUCAUCCUCAGUCUCGGGUAUGCCACACUACCUUGAUUUGGCAUCCGACGUCUCGCCUUCUGCCCGAGCCCCUAGCUAUUUGAUCAAGCGGUCUCUGUUUGACGGUCAAUCAUCUGAUAACGCGCCUAACGAUCUUCUCAAACGGGGAAAUGAGAAAAGAAAAUCGAGCUACAACUCCUCUGAUAGCGAUGAGACGGCGGGAAGUGGCGACGAAGAUGAUGAUGAUGACUGUGAGGAGUCGUCAGAUUCAGAUGGAGCAGUUCACGACCUCACUGAGCAGUACUACAAGAUUGGGAGCAAUGCUACGGGCGCUCGCGCAUCAAGCUCUUCCUCCACUCAAUCAAAUUCGUAUAAAUUUCCUUCCGGAUAUUCAUCGCCUCCCGAGGAAAAGAAGCCAAGCGUAGUCAAAUCUGGGAUUUCGAAGGAAUGGUCCAAGCCAGAAAUGAACCCAUCGAACGUAGAGAAACCUCCUUCACACGAAGAGUCAUCGUCUUCCACAAGCUAUAGUUCUUCCAGCCACGUGCAUUACGGUGAAAGUGGGGGGAAGACCUCCAACCGUGCUGGAUUGGAAGGAAUUUAUCAUGGAAAAGCCACUUUCUAUUCUCAAGACGGCAACCCAGGUGCUUGCGGUGCAACCCACCAGGACACUGAUUACAUUGUGGCCAUUCAAAGUCAAAUUUAUGAUGGAGGGAAAUUCUGCGGCAAAACUAUUGUCGUUACACGAAAAUCGACUGGUCAGAGUAUCAAUUGUAUUGCCGCUGAUGAAUGCCCCGGAUGUCCAACCGACCACAGUCUAGACUUAUCAGAGGGUGCCUUCAAAGCCCUCGGGAACCCAGAUGAAGGUCUUUUUGACAUUUCGUGGCAAGUUAUGGAGGAAAACUGA